CCUUUGUUUCCCUCGUUUUCUGCUCUCUUUUCUCUCUCCCGCUUUUUUAUUUUCUUUCAUUCCAAACACCUUCUCUCUCAGAUCCCUACCCACUCUUCCUCUCCUUUCCCUCCAAUUCCUUUCAUUUUCGCUUUCCCUCUCAAUUCCCUCCAACUCUCCACAACUCACGAGCUAAUUGCUCUUUUUUCCUCUUUCUUACAAAACCCUCAAACCCCAUAGCCCCGACUCGGCUCGAUCGAUCUUCAACCGGGCUCUCGAUGUCGGGUCUGCAAGCUCCGAACCGGUCGUCGCAGCCACAGAUGGGUCAGAUCAUGCAGCAGCCGCUGAGGAGGCAGCUUCCGUUCUCGUCUUUGAAGCCGCCGUUCGCUGCUCCAGCUGACUAUCACCGCUUCUCUGAUCCUCGCCGCGGUGGUGCUGCCGAUCACGAUGUUGAGGCCGAGGCCAUCGUCGUUAAGCCUCUCCAAUUAAAGCGGAAGAGUGAGACAGCAGAUUAUGAAGCUGACUCUAGUGAUAGAACAACUGUUCCAGGAUUCACUGAAGUAAUUAAUAGUUCCCUACAGACACCUGUAUCAGUAAAAGGGGGAAAGGCAAACAAAACAUCAAGGCUUACGAAGUGCAAUAAGUCUGGACCUCAAACUCCAGUUUCAAAUGUUGGUUCUCCUUCUGGCAAUAAUCUCACUCCAGCUGGUCCUUGUCGUUAUGAUAGCUCUCUUGGUCUCUUGACAAAGAAGUUCAUCAAUUUGAUCAAACAUGCUGAAGAUGGUAUUCUUGAUCUAAAUAAGGCUGCCGAAACUUUAGAGGUUCAAAAGAGGAGGAUAUAUGAUAUAACAAAUGUCCUGGAAGGAAUUGGUCUCAUAGAGAAGAAGCUCAAAAACAGAAUUCAGUGGAAGGGACUUGAUGUCUCAAGGCCAGGAGAGGUUGAUGAAAACUAUUCCAGUUUACAGGCAGAAGUUGAAAACCUUUCCAUUCAAGAGCACAGAUUAGAUGAUCAAAUAAGAGAAAUGCAAGAACAAUUGAGGGACCUGAGUGAAAAUGAGAACAAUCAAAAGUGGCUUUUUGUCACUGAAGAAGACAUCAAGGGCUUACCCUGCUUCCAGAAUGAAACAUUAAUUGCAAUUAAAGCUCCUCAUGGCACCACUCUGGAAGUCCCGGAUCCUGAUGAGGCUGUUGACUAUCCCCAAAGGAGGUACAGGGUAGUCCUAAGAAGCACAAUGGGUCCAAUAGAUGUUUACCUUGUCAGUCAAUUUGAAGAGAAAUUUGAGGAGAUUGAGGCACCUUCAGACUUCCUGCCUAGUUCAGGGCUUAAUGAGAACUCAUCAACGGCAGUGGUCACUGAGGAGAGCAGAGGAAAGGAGAUUGAAAUGCAGGGACAAGAUGCUGAGACACUCUGCUCAGAUCUUAAUGCCUCUCAGGACUUUGUGAGUGGAAUUAUGAAGAUUGUUCCAUCAGAUGUUGAUAGUGAUGCAGAUUACUGGCUUUUAUCAGAUGCUGAUGUUAGCAUCACAGAUAUGUGGAGAACAGAACCGGGGGUAGAAUGGAACGACUUGAGUACACUUCAUGAAGAUUAUGCCAUGGCUAAUAUUGGCAUACCACAGCCCCAGACUCCACCAUCGAAUGCAACUGAAGGGCCUCCUGCUAACUCUACCAGAAGUUGAGACCUUGGAAAGUGUAUGUUGAUGAAUCAAAUUGUGGAUACAAGGACUUUAAUGUGAUGAGAACCUAUGAUGUCCAACCAUUCUCAUUUGUCUAAAACCCUGGAGGUUGGAAUGAAGGUCCCCAGGAGAUGCCUGCAGGAGGUUCCCAGAAAAAGUGCAAGGAACUAUUGGAUGGAAGAUGGAGGUAGCAGGUUCAUUGUACAGUUAAGUAACGUAUUUGAUCUGUCAUUUUGUAGUUAAUAAAAAAAAGAAGAGAAAAGAUAGUACCAUUACUUGUUGGGUACACCCUUGUAUAUUAUUACAAUUCUUGGCUUUACUGUAUUGACUAGCUUGACCUCUAGGUUGACUUGGCAAGUAAUGAAGAGAUGUAUUUCAUAUGAUUAGAAGUCAAGAAGAAUAAAGGAAAAAAGGGAUCAAUCAUCCGGUUUGCUACUUUCA